AUGGCGGAGGAGCUCCCGCUAUAUAUGCUACUUCUAUGGAGAACACUCACCGCUACUAAGCCUGAAAUGAUGCCGGGAGGUGCUACCCAAGCUGGGGGCACUCUAGCGAACCUAAUGAUAUCAGACCCGAGUUCCUCCUGCAAUCCUGAACCGACGAAGGCAGGCUGCAGCCUACGGUGGACGGAGCUGAGGGGAGACAGCCGCUCUCCUCGCCCAAAUGCUGGGGUACCGAGCUAUUGCAUACCCGCUCCCCCCCCCUCAGGACCAGUGGGGGUGAUCCCGGUCCAACCCCCCUGGCACCAAGGCUAAUCCAAGCACAGAAAGCGGAGCCCAGCAGGUCACCCGCAAAAGCAUGGAAUCAUACAAUGGCGGACGCCAUGUGUGAACACAGCAGCUGCACAAUAAGGCACCUCACCUUGGCAAAACUUGAAGCCAUAAUUGACACCUUCUGGGCGAGCCUGGAGAGCAGACAGCAACAGACCUAAGAUCUGGCAAACUCACCUGGCAGAAAACUCAAGGACCCCUGCUACAGCCACGCAAAAUCUCAAAGAUGGCGCCUCAGACGGAGGCCUCACCCGCGCGCACGCAAACAGACACAACCAAGCCAUACAGUGAGGCCAGCUCGAAAGGGCCAAGGGCCCCCACUAGACCCAGCGCACGGCAGAGAACCAUGACACAACCAUCAGCAAGCGGGCCUACCACACAGCACCGAGCACAGCCACUGCCAAAGAGCACCCCAACAACCUGGACGAAAACACCACCUACCGGCAACAUCAGCACAGAUCUUCGUAGAGACAGGCUGCCGAGAAAAACAACGGCACCCACAACGCUCCACCUUGCUCGGCCCCAGCGGGACACUCAAGCAUCUACAAAGCCCUCUCAUAAGCAAGUCAUAGGCUGA